GUGCAAAUUCCUUGAAAAGAUGAAAACAAAGUCUAAAGGAAACAAAUAUCGAGUUUCUCUGGUCAACAGCGAAAGCCUUUGUUCUGAAUUAAACGCCAGUGUGGAAGAAGGAUCAAUACAGACUAAAGGGCUGAGACAGAGGUGUAAAAGGCAAACGACAGAAAACAGCACAGGCAGUGCUGUCACAACAAAGAGAAAGAAGUUACGUUUGAGCACCAAAGAGCACACUCUGAGAAGGCUGGAAAGCAAUGAGCGUGAAAGGCAACGGAUGCACAAACUAAAUAAUGCUUUUGAAGCACUUCGAGAAGUAAUUCCUCAUGUUACAGCAGAAAAAAAGCUUUCCAAAAUCGAGACACUUACUCUAGCAAAGAAUUACAUUAAAUCUCUAACUGCCACUGUGCUUGCAAUGUCCAGUGGGCAUUUUCCUGCAGUGCAAGAAGAAACUCCUACCAAUGGCUCAAAGCUGUAUCAGCACUAUCAGCAACAGCGGGGUGAGGACAGCAGUGAAUACAUACCAAAAUACUCCACUCCAAUGCACAAAUUCAGACUUGGUAGUUGAUAUUACAGUGAAUAAAUAUAUUUUUAGUGUUAAAAACUGUUACUUGAGGGGUGAAAAGAAUUCAGACUUGUAUAGAAAGUCAUCUCUGAAAAGCAUAAAUAUUGCACAUUAAAAAAAAAGUUGUAUUUCAAAUAAAGUACCCUGACAAUGGAGGAGGAUGAACCCAAACUCAGGUUUUAUAUACUUUUAUAAAAAAGUAAGCCUAUUGGUUUGAUCAGAGCAAUUCUGUUUAUGGAGGACCUAACAAACAUUCAGCCUGUGAGUGUGUUUAAGUAGAAAAAAGUACAGGUAUUUGUGCUGUAGCGUGUACACUUCAUAUUAGUGUGUCUGAAUUGCUGCAUUGUCAUGUACAAGGUUUCAUUUGCAUCCAUCUCUGUACCUUGUGUUUGCUCACCUCACCGAUAACAAGUGCUUUAUUUUGUUUUACAGCUCCUACUACUUGUUCAUCCAUCCAGUGCCUUCUUAACAACCAUUGCUCAAAACUGCAAAGCGAAAUGCAGACUCCAUUCCACUUAAGCUCCAUGAUAGUUUGUUUCAACAUCUGACCAAAACAGAACACAGAAGAUAUAUUUGUGAUCAGAGGUCAGCUAGUG